UCAGAAGUUUAACAAAUAUUAUACUUCUGAUAGCAAAAAUUUUUUACAGAGAAGACGACCGAAAAAGACAUGGAAGCAGGAGACAGAUGUAUACACUGGUUUGGAGAAAGUAUUAUUAUUUUUUUUGUUUGCAUCUGAUCGUGAGUUACCUCCAUCGAAUUCGUUAAGCGAUGGAAAAAUAAGAAAUUUAAGAUCAGACGAAUCUGACAAUCCAUAUCGACAUCUUUAUCGCACUGGACCAUAUGUAUCUUCAAGUGAAUUUGCUGCGCAGCCACUACCUGGAGGGCCAUUGCCAGUUCCAAGUAUUGUAUUCGAAAUCGAGCAAGAGCCAACGAGAACAUGGUACUAUUGCCGUUGGACAGUUUACUGGAUUUUAUGGUUAAUAACACUUAUUCUGGUCUAUUUCCUCAUUUUUCGUUCAUAUUACUGUCCACUAUUGGUUGAAUAA